AUGUCGAACAACGCGGUGGGCAACGUCUACUCGCAAAUCAUCGAUGAAGUGAUAAAUUCUUCUCGAGUCGAUUUCGAGGAAGGCGGUGUUGAUGAGAGCGUGCUCGAAGAGUUGAAGAAGGGCUGGCAGGAGAAACUCACCCAGCUCGAGGUCGCGGCGUUUCCAUGGGACCCCGUCAAGGAAGCUCCAGCUCCCGCAGCACCACCUCCGACUACGGCUGCUCCACCGCCUGCGGCUCCAUACUCCCAAGCCCAGCUCAGUCCCCAACUUCCAGUGCCCGGUCUGCCUCUGCCCGGCGGAACCCCGGCUCAACAGGCCGGUAACAUGCCUGUCAAGGAGGAGCCUUACAUCAAGCCGGAGCCUGGCAUGCAGAACGUGCCAAUGCCCCCAUCUCAACAAGAUAGCGCUGGGCUCGCAGCUUACCGAGCCGCUCAACAUGUGCGCGGUCAGUUCGGUGAGAAAGGCGCCGCCUCCAUGAACGCCAUUCAAGCUUCAGCGACCAACAGGCCCGCCAACCAGCCGCCUCUGCCCCAGAUGCCCGGCCAGCCUCAACAGCAGCAGCAACAGCAGCACCGCCCUGGAGUUCCUCAACAGGGUCAGCAACAGCAGCGCCCGCCUAGCAAUGGUCAGCCAGGUGUGAAUCCCUCGCAGACCGACGGUGCUGGCGACGAUUUCGACUUUGAAGGUGUUUUGCUCCAACGCAACCCUGACGGCUCUCAGCGCGAGCUUGGACGUGUCGACAUUGAUCGCAUGAUCCAUGCGCGGAUUGCUGCCAACGCCAAGAGCAUGGAGGGCGGCGGCUUGAUGCUGCCUCUGAAGGAAGCCACGAGACAUUCGUCAGCUGCCACCGCGCGAUCCAAGGGCAAGGAGCACGGUGGAAUUGCUGGUUACGAUGGUUACGAUGAUGAUGAAGUUGACGAAGACGCAAUCAAUUCAGAUCUUGACGACCCUGAUGAAGAUAAGGAUGACGACGAGGUUGAUGAUGAGGGUCUUGGACAUAUCAUGCUCUGCAUGUACGACAAGGUCCAGCGCGUCAAGAACAAGUGGAAGUGCGUUCUCAAGGAUGGCGUUCUCACCGUCAAUGGCAAGGAAUACGUCUUCCACAAGGCCACUGGCGAGUACGAGUGGUAA